CUUCGGUGCCGGCGCAGAAUCAAUACCGUCAUAUGUAUACAGCCAUGUGUAGCAGCCAAGACCAAAAGCGUUAGUACGACGUUAGUUUUCUGCAGCUUUUUAGCGAGCUUUACAUUUCGUGGAAACGGUCAACAUUAAACCUUCCUGGAAUAGGACUUUACUCCAUAUCAACUUAAAUUAAGGCAAGGAUGGCUCUUAACAAAUCGAUGCACCCCAGAAAUCGAUACAAGGACAAGCCUCCGGACUUCGCGUACCUGGCUUCCAAGUACCCGGAGUUUCAGCAGCAUGUACACACCAACCUCACCGGGCGAGUCGGGCUGAACUUUAAGGACCCUGGUGCGGUCCGGGCCCUGACCUGCACCCUGCUGAAGGAGGACUUUGGGCUGAGUAUCCAGAUCCCUCUGGAGCGCCUCAUCCCCACCGUGCCCCUGCGGCUCAACUACAUCCACUGGGUGGAGGAUCUGACCGGGGGCCCGGGGCCUGGGGGGGCCCGCAGGGGCAUCGACAUCGGCACCGGUGCUUCCUGUAUUUACCCGCUGCUCGGUGCCUCCAUGAACGGAUGGUCCUUCCUGGCCACCGAGGUGGACGACAUCUGCUUCAACUUCGCCAAGAAGAACGUGGAGAACAACGGCCUGUCUGACCUCAUCAAAGUGGUAAAGGUUCCUCAGAAGACGCUGCUGAUGGAUGCGUUAAAGGAGGAGCCUGCGCUGCUGUAUGACUUCUGCAUGUGCAACCCGCCAUUCUUCAGCAACCAGCUGGAGGCAAAGGGUGUGAACUCCCGCAGCUCACGCCGCGCCCCCCCCAGCUCGGUCAACACCGGGGGGGUGACGGAGAUCAUGGCCGAGGGGGGAGAGCUGGAGUUCGUCAAGAGGAUCAUCCACGACAGCCUGCAGCUGAGAGGCAGACUCCGGUGGUACAGUUGCAUGCUGGGAAAGAAGUGCAGCCUGGCGCCUUUGAAGGAGGAGCUGAGAAAACACGGGGUACCUAAGGUGACUCACUCAGAGUUCUGUCAGGGCCGUACGAUGCGCUGGGCUCUGGCCUGGAGCUUCUACGAUGACGUCACUGUGCCAUCUCCCCCCUGCAAGAAGCGGAAGCUGGAGAAGGCCCGAAAGCCCCUGAGUUUCUCGGUGCUCAAGCCCACGGUGACGCUGCUGAGGGCCCCAGAGGGCGGAGACCCUGACCCCAGCCCCACGGAGCUCAUCGCUGGCUGGCUGGAGAAAACCCUCACUGAGCUAAAGGUGCAGCACAAGCGUGUUCCCGGAGAGGGGGCGGAGCAGAGCCUGUUCCUGACGGCAGUGGAGAAUUCCUGGGUGCACAUCCGGCAGCGGAGGCGGGAUCAGGGGAGGCAGCUGCGGGAGCUCCCCAGGGCGCCCCCUGCUGGAGGAAGCGCCACACUGCACCCCGCACAGACGGCCCAGCCCAAUCAGGACCCCCCAGCCCUGGGGUCAGAGGUCACAGGAGAGGGGGGGGCCGAGGGGAAGGAGGACGUCCCGGCUGCAGCGCAACAGGAAGUGGAGAGCAGGACGCCCCCCUCCAGCCCGGGGGGGGUCCAGCACUUCCUGUUUAAGUGCCUGCUGAGCGUGCGGGAGGAGGGGGGGGCUGGGGACGUGGGGGUGCAGAUGCACUGGGUGGAGGGGCAGAACCGCGACCUGAUGAACCAGCUCUGCACCUACCUGAAGAACACACUCCACCGCCUGGCCAGCACUCCCCCAGCGCCCCCCCUGACCUCUCCAUGACCUCCUCUCUGACCUCUCCAUGACCUCCUAUCUGACCUCUCCAUGACCUGACCCCUGACCUCCUCUCUGACCUCUCCAUGACCUGACCUCUCUGUGACCUCCUCUUUGACCUCUCCAUGACCUCUUCUCUGACCUGUCCAUGACCUGACCCCUGACCUCCUCUCUGACCUCUCCAUGACCUGACCCGUGACCUCUCCAUGACCUCCUCUCUGACCUCUCCAUGACCUGAGCCCUGACCUCUCCAUGACCUGACCUGCCUGUGACCUCCCCCACAACUUUCCUGUCACUUGCCCUUUCACCUUCCUGUGAUCUCCAAUGUGACCUUCCCUUCAUCCAUCCUUUGUGCAUAAAAAAAUUGCGUAAAAACUUUUGUAAUAAUUUUGUUUUUUUAGUAGCCUACUUUGGUCCAAUGCUGCUUAGCAUACUGUGCUUAUGCGUGUGUAGUAUACAGUCGGUCCACUUUUGCAGCUGACUUGCUUUUUUAAAAUUGCCUUCUUGUCAGCCUUUCCGUUUGGUUUUUGGCUAAUUUCUGGCCUUUUGCUAGACAAUAAAGUUAUAUUCUGUUUUA